GGUACUUAACAGCACUUGGGCUCUACAGAUAGCAAAAAAUAAUGUCGUCAGGUAUUUUCCUGUUGUAGGAGUUUUGGAAGAAAUGAAUGCAACAUUAAAAAUAUUGGAAAACAAAAUACCAUACUUCUUCAAAGGAGCAACAAAAGUUUAUGAAAAUGAUCUGUUGAAUAUUCCAAAGUAUGGGAAACCAAAAAUAUCAAUGAUUGUAAGAAGAAAGUUAGAAGAGAGUCUAGUUGAUGAAAUUGAUUUUUAUAACUGGAUAAAAGCCAGAUUAUUCAAACAGCUGAAAAUUAUAUAUACAGAACAUACCUUUCAUUGAUUCCAAAAAAAGUAAAUCGAAACCAAAGACUGAAUGAAAUAAUAGUAAUAACGUUAAUAUCAGAAUGACAGAUUAUUUUAUUCACAACCAUGAAUAUGUGAAACACUAUAUAAAAUAUGCAAGAUAUACUUCAAUAAUUGUAAUACAAAGUCAUGAAUUUUAUUGAAUAUUUUCAAUAUAAAAUAAUCAAAAUUGUUAUGAUAGAAGUCAGCAGUUGAUGCUUGCAUAAAAAAAGAUCAUGUUAAUAUAUAAAUAAACC